CUCCUCCUCCUCCUCCCACCGCCUUGAGACGAGCUGAAGCACGCAGGAGUCUCCUCAGUCCUCAGCGGCAAACAGCAGCUUCUCAUACACGCAGCGAGCUUUCUUCACACCUGUCACGAAGAUGGAACAAGUCCUGGCACCACUGAGAGAGGCCGUGCGCGAGCAGGGUGACCUUGUGCAUCAGUUGAAGGUGAAGGGCGCCUCAGAGCAGGAGGUGAACAAAGCCGUGGCAGAGCUGAAAGCCCGGAAGAAGAAUCUUGAAGCAAAGGAGCUCGCUCUGCAACCCAAAGAAGAUGUGGUCGACAGGGUGAAAAUGGAGGACACCCUAAAGAGGAGGUUCUUCUACGAUCAGGCUUUUGCCAUAUAUGGAGGUGUGAGUGGCCUGUAUGACUUCGGCCCUGUGGGCUGUGCCCUGAAGAACAACAUCCUGCAGGCGUGGAGGCAGCACUUCAUCCAGGAGGAGCAGAUCCUGGAGAUCGACUGCACCAUGCUGACCCCUGAGCCCGUCCUCAAGACGUCAGGGCACGUGGAUAAAUUUGCUGACUACAUGGUGAAAGACGCCAAGACCGGAGAAUGCUACCGAGCUGAUCACCUCCUCAAAGCUCACUUAAAAAAGCUGAUGUCUGAUGAGAAGUGCUCGCAGGAGGAGGCGAACCAGAUGGAGGAUGUGAUCACUCAGAUGGACAACUACACUCAGCAGGAGUUGGCUGAUCUCUUUUUGAAAUACUACGUCAAGUCUCCGUCCACAGGAAAUGACCUCACACCUCCCACCUCCUUCAACCUGAUGUUCAAGACGUCCAUUGGGCCGGGGGGCAACACGCCCGGAUAUCUGAGGCCUGAAACCGCUCAGGGAAUGUUCCUCAACUUCAAGCGUCUGCUGGAGUUCAACCAGGGGAAACUGCCCUUCGGUGCCGCCCAGAUCGGAAACUCCUUCAGGAACGAAAUCUCUCCUCGCUCUGGACUCAUCCGUGUCAGAGAGUUCACCAUGGCUGAGAUCGAGCACUUUGUGGACCCCAAUGAGAAGAUCCACCCGAAGUUCUCCAACGUGGCCGACCUGGAGAUUCUGUUGUUCUCCUCGAAGGCUCAGACCAGCGGGCAGCCUGCAGGGGUCAUGAGGCUGGGGGACGCUGUGGAGCAGGGAGUGAUCAACAACUCAGUGCUGGGAUACUUCAUCGGAAGAAUCUACCUGUAUCUGCUCAAAGUCGGUCUCUCCAAAGACAAAGUGCGCUUCCGUCAGCACAUGGAGAACGAGAUGGCUCACUACGCCUGCGACUGCUGGGACGCCGAGUCCUUGACCUCCUACGGUUGGAUUGAGAUUGUGGGCUGUGCCGAUCGCUCCUGUUACGACCUCUCAUGUCACACCAGAGCCACCAAAGUGCCUCUGGUGGCUGAGAAGCCUUUGAAAGAGCCCAAAGUGGUCAAUGUGGUCCAGUUCGAGCCCAUCAAAGGCGCCAUAGGAAUGGCCUUCAAGAAGGACGCCAAGCUGGUCCUGGACUUCCUGGCCGUCUGUGACGAAUGCUACAUUACUGAUCAGGAGAAGCUUCUCACUGACUCUGGGGAGUUCAAGAUUGAGACCGAGGGCAAAACCUUCAAACUGACCAAGGACAUGGUCAGUGUGAAGAGGUUCCAGAAAACCCUGCACGUGGAGGAGAUCGUCCCCAACGUCAUCGAGCCGUCGUUCGGCAUCGGUCGGAUCAUGUACUGCAUCUUUGAGCACUCGUUCCAUAUCCGGCAGGGGGAUGACCAGAGGACGUAUUUCAGCUUCCCUGCUCCUGUAGCUCCGUACAAAUGUUCCAUCCUGCCUCUGAGCCAGAACCAGGAGUUCAUGCCGUUCGUCUCCCAGUUAUCUGAGACGAUGACCAAAUUCGGCUUGACUCACAAGGUGGACGACUCCUCUGGAUCCAUCGGGCGGCGCUACGCCAGGUCGGACGAGAUCGGCGUGGCGUUCGGCAUCACCAUCGACUUCGACACGGUGAACAAGACGCCGCACACGGCCACUCUGAGAGACCGGGACUGCAUGAGGCAGAUCCGGGCUGAGGUGUCUGAGUUACCAGGGAUGGUUCGAGAUCUGGCCCUCGGCACCUUGACUUGGGCUGAGGUGGAGAGCAAGUAUCCGUUAUUUGAAGGACAGGAGACCAGCAAGAAGGAGUAACCAGGCCGCUUUUCCAAAUAAACCACAUCUGUCUUUUAA